GUUUCGUGCCGCGGUUGUAAGAUCCUUGGCCAAUCGGGCGUCUCGCACGCACGAGUGGGCGUGGCUCGCGUCCACUGACAGCUUUUUACGCGCGCCGUACGUGCUAACCAAAAAAGGCUCACCUCAUCACGGUACAACACGAGACACCACUAUUUUUCAACAACGCACGCAAGUGACAUUUUGCAGAUUUAAUUUCAUUUGAUUUGUUUAUUUUUAGUUGGCCGUUAUGACAGAGAUCAAUGAGAUGGCGAGCGACUCUCAGUUUCAACUCACCAGCCAGCCGCUGCCGUCCAAGCUGCAGAGGCUGAAGCGCUCGCUGUCGUUCAUGCGCAGUAAGAGCGUGGAGAACUUCUUCCAGCGAUCCGACAGCGACGCCCGCCUACCCCCGGAGUUCAUAACGGAGCCCGCGCCGCCGUCGCCACCGCCCCUGGAGCUGGUGCCGGCGGGCUCGCCUGUCGCCGGCUCGCAGCUCUCGCCAUCGCUGUCGCCGUCCGUCAGCCCCAACCCUUCCGUCGCCUCCCACUCGCCCUCGCUCAGACUGUCCCCGUCGCUGCCCCCCAAGCCCCCCCAUAUCACACACUGCUUCCACAACCACGUCUUUCGCAAGCCCACCAACUGCCAGCUCUGCAAGCACAUGAUCCUCGGAAACUCCAAACAGGCUCUGCGGUGUAAAACGUGCAAACUGGCGGCUCACCUGUGGUGCACCUCGGAACUCUCGCAGCAGCCGUGUCACGGGAAGUCGGGCGCCUUCAAGCGAAACUUCAGCUCCCCCAUGCUCGUCAGCGAACAACUGGCCGUCGUCAAGGAAGUACAGACUAAUCAAGAGGCGGUGCGGGCACGUACGGACCCGGUGUACGCCGCCUUGCGCUACGGGACGUCGCUGGCGCAGAUGAGCCGCUCCAGUUUCGGCAGCAUGUCGGAGUCGCCGACGCACAGCCCGGGUGAGGCGUGUGAGGAGAGGCAGGGGAGACAGUGCAGCAUGGAGGAAGAUGUCCCUCAAGAGACAGGAGAUUCUGUUGCCGCUGACAAUGAGGUGGAGAACGAAGAGGACGACGAGAGUGGCGGCCAAGCUGAGACGCCCGCUGAGGUGUGUGUGCGUGCGUGCGUGCGUGCGUGCACGUGCGUCCGUGUCUCACGCUGUGGUUCCUGUGUCCAGGUGCCCCCCAAACGCAUCGAGGUACACCCUAUCCACACUUAUGUGGCGCUCUACAGUUUUCUGCCUCAGGAACACAACGAUCUGGAACUACACCCCGGUGAUCGGGUACAAGUCACAGACGACUCCAACGAGGAGUGGUGGAAGGGCAAGAGCGGCGACAGGGUGGGCUUUUUCCCGGCCAACUUCGUGCAGCGGGUGCGUCCCGGCGAGAGAGUGUGGCGCGUCAUCCAGGGAACGACCGCCGGCAGCCGGGAGAGAGGACACAUGGUGGUCAAGGAGGCGCAGAUCUGCGUGGGCAAGCGUGAGGACGGCGACACCUUGGUGAAGCUGAGCAGCGGCAAGAAGCGAGGCCUGGUUCCCGCACAUUCCAUCGAGGAGAUCUGAGCUUCGCCGACAUUGUCAUUACCUUCUCCUGUCUUCUUCUUCUUCGUUCUGCGCUGAACAGAUGAAGCGGACCGUGAAAUACUAUUCGCCGAGUCUCCUCACUGUCAGUCUUUACGGAUAACAAAAUUGAAAAAAUUGACACGCUUCCUUCUUCCACUUUCCCACAUGUGGAAAAAGUCAGUGUUUGAAAUUGAACAGGAAGUUGGACAUUUCGCUUCGAAGCAGCAAUUCUGGCUCCAAAUGAGCCUCAAUCGGAGGCAAAUAUCCUAUAGACCAGUUUACACCAAGUACCACCAUGAUGAAAAAAAAAUAAAUAAAUACUGAUCUGUCCAAGUACCACCAUGAUGAUUAACAUUAUAAUGAAAUAGGUUUCAGUCUUAAAAAGUGCGUUCAAUAUUAUUUUCAGCUACUGUUACACUGUGCACAGUUUAAACAAACACUGCGCUUCACUGAUAAAUGCACUUAUAUAAUGAUUCAAUUCAAAUGUAUUGCACAUUAAAAUUACAUAUAAAUAAAUGUUAAAAGCAAACAGUUCCCUCAAGAUUAAAUCCCAAAUGUAUGGAAGUUAAAAGUUAAAUACAACUGAACUGUGGUUAGCAAGUGAUUCUUUGACAUAGUUGGGAGCCCUCGUAUCACUCGUGGCACCGCGCUUGAGAAUCAUUGUCCUUGACCUCAAAUUUUGUCAAUCAUGUCGAGGUUCAUGGAAAAGGACACGCGACAGCCUGUUCAUCGCUUCUUGCAGCUCGUAUUAUACAGUAUUAAUUAGGGCCCGAUUAAUUUAAAGAUAUACCAUGAAUGAAAUCACCAAGCAGAACAUUUGACUGUUACAAGCAGAACAUUUGACUGUUUUACAAUUCUUUAUAACGGAUAACUUUAUAACGGAGCAAAAAAUUGGCCAAUGGGUCGGGUCCUAAUAUUAAUAUAGAUUUAUAGUAGACUUUACACCCAUUUUAUCGGGCUGAUCGGUAUCGGCCGAUAUUUAGCAUUUUAUGCUGAUCGGCUUUAAUGUCAUAAUUCGCCGAUCCGAUCCUCCGCAAAAGACAUUUACUCCGCGUCGCCGCGUGCGCAGUAUAUUUUAAUCCAAAAGCUAGUUUAUUUUUAGCCUUGUUGCAUGUCUUUUGACGUAGUAUUGGAAAUACCUGACGGCCAAUAAAGUUAUAUAAAAAAAAAAUUAAAAAAAACAUGUCGGCAUAGACAACACGUCUGAGACAGACAACACGCAAUGCCCGGAUCAGACUACAAGCCAAAUUUGCUCUUUCACGAUUGCACUGUCAGACCACUGCAAUAAUAUCUUGUAUUCCGAUACCACCGCAUCCCGUUUUUUUACGAUCAUUGGGCUUGUCAACUCAAAUGCGACCGGAUACACUCGUUAUCGAUGCGACAACAACAAGAGCGGAGCGCACCGACGGUAUUAUAAGGACAAAAUGGGGGGGAAAUGUGUGUUGGUGGUCACCGGUGCUCAGGACAGGAGAGGACGUUCGUUUAAGGCUUGAUACAUUAAUUACUGUAUUUACUUGCUGCCAUCUAAUAGAAGACCAUUCAUUUGUUCUGUCUGUCACGAUGCCUCGCUGGCAUAAAAAGAGGAACAAAGAUACAUUAUUUAUUGUAAAUAUAAUUUUUGGAGGAAUUAAGUACCCAAGUAUGUACAGUAAAUGAACAGGUCAUUUAAAUAAGACACAUUCCUCCAUCUUGUGAUCGGUUAUCGGUUUUUUAAACUCGCUGAUCGGCUCCAAAAAUCUUGAUCGUGUACAACCUAAUUCAUAGAGGUAAAGUUAGACUUUUGAGGGAGUUGUUCAGGCGAAAAGCCAUUUAGUCCAAUAUUUCCAUGCAAAGGAUGGAACAGUGCGCUCUGCAUUGGUAUUUGUAUGAGCUGAAGAAGACGUGUGUGUUGAAGCGUUCGGUCAGACGGCGUGUGUGCCGACCCUCUGAGUCACCACUGAUCCAAAGUCACCUCCCGUCUGGCUCGCCGGUCCCCCCCCCCCCCCGUAAAGGACACCUCUCUUCCGUCCCUGCGUGAGGCCGCCGCAGAGUUGACGCCUCCUCUCAAAGCAGAGAUCCUUUCAUCCUCAGCAUAGCUUGGCGAGCUUUUGCCCCUUAGACGUGCUGGUUGUUAUAGUCCAAUGUACUGUGAAGACAUGAACACAACUGGAUUUAGCCCCGCUUGGAAACACUAGCAUUUGAAACACAAAUGUUUUAUCAUUUUUUUCUUCAUGUCCCUCAAUAAAAUGUCUUUUAAAACUU